GUUCUACUAUUAGAGAAAAUGCGAAAACCCCAUGUCAGAAUCGGAAUCAGUUGUUGAAUUCUGUGAGAGAUCACUGCAAAUCUGGAACCUUUAAGAAUCUUGAUCAUGCCUUAGGUCUGUUUGAUACAAUGCUUCACAUGCACCCUUUGCCUUCCAUUGUCGAUUUUACUCAAUUGUUGGGUGCGGUUGCAAGAAUGAAGCAUUACUCUGUAGUCAUUAAUCUAAUUCAACGAAUGGAAUCAUUCGGAAUCUCGCCCAAUGUUUAUACUCUCACUGUUUUGAUUAAUUGCUACUGCCGUUUGAGACGGGUUGAUUUUGGGUUCUCUGUCUUAGCAACAAUUUUGAAACAUGGUUAUCAACCAAAUCAUAUAACUCUAACCACUCUUGUCAAUGGGCUAUGUCUUCGAGGUAACAUUGCUGGAGCUGUUAGGCUGGUAGAAGAAAUGGAGAAUAAAGGGUAUGAGCCUAAUGCGAUUACUUGUGGAACAAUAGUAAAUGGUCUCUGUAAGAUUGGCCAGACUGGUGUGGCUAUUAGGUUGCUCAGGAAGAUUGAAAAAAGGAAUUUUGCACAAAAUGUGGUGCACUAUAACACGGUCAUUGACAGUUUAUGUAAGGAUAAAUUGGUAACUGAGGCUUUGAACCUUUUUUCUGAAAUGAUGAGUAAAGGCAUUCAGCCAGAUGUUGUCACUUACAGUUGCGUAAUUCAAGGACUAUGCAAUUUUGGCCGGUGGAGGGAGGCUUUUACUUUGUGGAAUGAGAUGCUGCAAAGGAAGGUCGUGCCAGAUGUACAAACAUUUAGCAUAUUGGUGGACACAUAUUGCAAGGAAGGGAUGCUGACUGAGGCAAAAAAAGUUUUUGAUGUGAUGAUUCAAAGAGGCAUUGAGCCUGACAAAGUCGCUUACAAUUCUUUGAUUGAUGGUUAUUGUUUGCAAAACCAAAUGGAUGAGGCAGUUAAGGCAUUUAAUAUAAUGGUUGAGAAGGGUUUUUCACCCAAUGUGUUUAGCUAUAACAUAUUGAUAAAUGGAUAUUGCAAAAGUAAAAAAAUUGAUGAGGCAAUGCGUCUCUUUCAUGAAAUGUCCAACAAGGGAACAAUUCCUGAUGUAGUGACUUACACCACUCUUAUAGGUGGGUUUUGUCGAGUGGAGAGAGUUCGGACUGCAUUAGAGCUAUUCAAUACAAUGCAAGCUUGUGGCCAACUUCCAAAUCUCCAAACCUAUGCCAUCUUGUUAGAUGGAUUUUGUAAGAAUAGACGAAUUGCUGAGGCAAUGGCAUUGUUUCAGGAGAUUAAAGAAAAAAAGUUGGACCAACAUAUUGUGUUUUACAACAUCUUGAUUGACAGUAUGUGCAAUGUUGGGGAGCUUACAACUGCAAGAGAAAUCUUUAGUAGUCUUCUUGCAAAAGGAUUGCAACCUGAUGUUCGGACUUAUACUAUAAUGGUCAAAGGGUUUUGCAAAGAGGGGCUAAUUGAUGAAGCGAUUUGGCUGCUUGAGAAAAUGGAAGGCAAUGGUUGUUCACCUAAUGAGCAAACAUAUAACACAUUAAUCCAAGGGUUAUUGCAACAUGGUGACACAGCAAAGGCAAUGAAAUAUCUCAAAAUGAUGGUGGACAAGGGAUUUUCAGCAAACGCAACAACUGCUGCCAUGUUUAUUGACUUGCUAUCGUCUAAUCAAGUAGAUGAUAAUAUUCGAGAGCUGCUUCCAAAGUCUGGGUGAAGGUUAUUUAAUUUCUCAAGAUCAAAGACAACUUUUAUAUUUUAACCUAUCACUAGUCAUUAUGAAGAGCUUAAGAAUACUACUAUUAAAAUGGCUGAACAGAGUAAAGUUCCUACCACCCCUGGGGCAGAGAAACAAACCAAAAGAGAGUUGUUUGAUGCGCUAAGGCAGGAACUUGAAGCUCCAGUGCUGGAGAAAGCUUCUAAAUCAAUUUGGGAGCUAAUUUUGGACAGUAAUGGUCUGGGGAAGGAAAUUAGUGAGAUGGUUGAAAAGGUAUUUUCUUGAUUGAGUGGCCGGGAACCUCCAUUGUUUCCCCUGCCAGACGGUGAGACUCAUACUAAUAAAGAAAUUGAGAAUGAAAAAGAAAAAGGAAAAGGAAAAGAAUGGGCUAAUGAAAACAAAGAAAAGGAGAAUUCUCCCUCUUCAUUAAAGAAAAGGAGUUUUAGUGAAUUGAAUGCAGGGGGUGCAUGUGAAGCUGCAAGCAUAUUUGGUGAUCCUCCAACCAUACUAGAAGAUUCUAGUAAAUCACCCAACCAAGUUUGAAGACACGAAUCACUAUGUUGUGCGAAGAGCCUUGUGGCUCAAUGCCUUUACUGUUUUUCUCAAGGAGAACCUGGGUUCAAACAUCACCUCCCCCACUUGAAAGUUACAAAAAAGGCCACUAUGCCAAUUCCCAUAUCAUUACUUAUCAACAAGAGUAACUUUGUCAAACGAGCUAUUUAUAACAGAUGUGGGGUGGUGCAAAUAUGGUUAUUUAGUCUAGAUUUUGAUUUGUCAUCAAUUUCUCAAUUCAUUUUAAUGGAAUAAAAUUAACAUUAUUAUGCUA